GGCCCCCCCUAUUUGUGAUGAAUGAUCAUAUUUUAAUUUUAAUAGUUUGAUAAUUUCAUUUUUCAUUAUUUAUGAUAUAUAGAAUAUUCUUUUCAUUAUUGUUCAUCACUGGGACCAUUUUAUUAUUAUGUAAGUGAUAAUGAGGCAAAGACAUGGUUUCAUUAGUGAUGAACAGGAUUUAAAUGAUAGAUUUUUGGAGGAUAGAAGGAGCAUCCACAGUUUGUCAUUUUUAUGGGGAGUUGCACUUCUUAUCUAUCUUCUCGGAAUUUUUGGGCUCAUUUAUACCAUAGAUAAUGCCCUACCAACAGCUCUAACCAUUCUUGAUGAGGAAAGGUAUCCAGAAUCAUUUAUAGCCGAGAGAGCCAUACGUGAUCUCCAAUUUUUGACCAACCUAGGACCAAGAGUUGUUGGGGAAUAUGAAAAUGAAAUUCUCACUGUGGAUUUCUUGAGACGUGAAAUUGAUUCCAUAAUUCACAGAAAACAUAUCAAUCAGAAACUCGAAGUAGAUUUUCAGUUAGUUAGCGGAGCAUAUUAUGUGGAUAUAUUGCAAGUCAACCAAAUUAAUGCUUACUCCAAUGUCCAGAAUGUUAUUGUCAAGAUACAUGGCUCAAAUAAUUCCACGAAAAGUAUUCUUGUCAAUUCCCAUUUUGAUUCUGUUCCAACAAGUCCAGGCGGAAGUGACGAUGGCAUCAACGUUGCGGCCAUGCUGGAAAUCCUCAGGAAACUGUCCGUAUCGCCCGAGCGCCCCCUCCACAACAUCGUCUUCCUGUUUAACGGGGCCGAGGAGACCCCGCUGCAAGCCUCUCACGGCUUCAUAACGCAGCACGCAUGGGCAAACGAGUGCAAAGUCGUGGUAAAUUUGGAGGCGUGUGGCCACGGCGGCAAAAUCAUCCUGUUCCAGACAGGGCCGGAGAAUCCUUGGUUGCUGAAGUAUUAUGGUAGGGUGCCGCACCCGUACGGACAGGCGGCUGGGGAGGAGAUUUUUCAGAGCGGGCUGAUUCCGUCUGAUACGGAUUUCAGGAUAUUCAGGGACUUUGGAGGGCUUGUCGGUCUGGAUAUGGCGUUUUACAAAAGUGGUUACAGAUACCAUACGAAAUACGAUGAUUUCGAAAAUAUUCCACCAGGCUCAUACCAACAUGUCGGAGACAAUAUUUUGUUCUUGGUGAAACAACUGGCGAAUGCACCUGAACUUUCUGAAGGAACAAAUGUACCUGGAAAGAUGGUUUACUUUGAUAUUUUGGGAUUGUUCAUGGUAUCUUAUACCACGGCAAUAGCCAUCGUCGUCAAUUCAAUGGUCAUAAUUUUAUCACUCGGUGCAUUCAUUUGGUGUAUUUUGGAUUUGAAAACAGGUAACCUAAAAUCUAUUUUGAGCUAUAUUUUCCUUACACUUGGUGGCAUCUUGGGUGGAUGGAUAUUAUCUGGAGUUUCGUUAGUGUCGGUGGCAUAUUUGUUGGAUUUUUUGAGACCAAUGAGCUGGUUCGCAAACCCUUGGUUGAUUGUCGGUCUGUAUGUUGUCCCGACUAUCGCGACUAGUAGUUGCUUACUUCUCCGGCUAAAUUUUGAGAAUUUAGACUUGAAUAUAAGGAGCCAGGUCCAAACCCACAUAGGAAGAUUGAUAUGGACAUGUAUAUUACUAAUAGGGACCAUUUUCCAUAUCCGUAGUAUGUAUGCAAUAAUGGUACCAGUAUUGUUCAAUGCAAUGGCAUUUUUAGUAAUAUACAUUCUUGGAUGGCAACGUACACUUAGAAAAUGGCAAAUCGCUUAUAUAAUAAGUCUGGUGAUUCCAACUGCCUUGUUAAUGUACCAAAUGUUGGUAACGCUUUCGUUAUUCAUCCCUCUGACUGGCAGAAUGGGUUCAGAUAAACAUUCAGAACUAAUUGUUGGAUCCAUCACAGUUUUCUUCGCUCUGCUCAUUACUUCUCCCUAUGUGACUUUGAUUACACUGCUCCAAAAACCCAAAUACUUUUAUGGUAUACUGGCAAUUGUCUUCUCUCUAUGUUUCAUUGUUGUUUUCACACCAAUGGGAUUUCCAUAUAGUGGAAAUUCUGUUUCGCCAGCACCUCAAAGACAAUGGAUAACUCAUACCAAGAGACUUGUAUACGAUAAAAAUGGAACCAUAGAGAGGACUGAAUCUGGGCUUUACUUCCUGAACAUGGAUAGAAAUUCGCCGGGUAUACUUAGGGACUAUGUAACAGACUUAGAUAGGGCAAGAGAUCUGGAUGAAGACUGUAAGAAUCUCAUCGUCUGUGGAUUACCGAUUUCACAUGCUAGAAUGAUAAAAAUUAUGAACUGGAAGCUCAUCAGUGCUGUGAUAAAACAUUACUAUUCGCACUUUAUCGAAAUGAUGGCAUGCAUGCUAAGAAUGAAAAGGAAGUACAGUACAUGGAUUCCAGCACCUCAACCGAUACUUUCAGAUCCUCUAGAAUUCAUUGUGAAUUCAAAAGAAAUUGUCAACUCGACUUACAUAGAAUAUAAUAUUACCCUGAAAGGUCCUGAUAGAAUAAGCAUAUACAUCGUUCCUCAAACUGAUAUGAGGAUAGUCGAUGUAAUUCUGCUCAAUACAACUACGAGUUUUAGCGCCAAUCAUGAAGAUAAAGAGUUGAUUUUCAUUUUAUUCACGUCAGGAAAAAAUCCAGCAACUAUGUCAUUCACAUUCGGCGUAGAGGUUCCAGAAUAUCAUAAUGAUACGACUUGUAAAAUAGCUGUAGCUGCAAACUAUGUUCAUUCUAAGAAAAAUGCCAAAACUCCUUAUUUUACUAAAAUACUGGGUCAAUUGCCCGAGUGGGCUGAUGUGGUUGCUUACUUGGGCACUUAUUCAUUGUACAAUGUAUGAUAUUAAACAAAUUGAAUUUU